CACUUUUUUAAAACCGCCCGGGCCCUGUUGCUGCAGCAGGGUCAGACGGACAGGCGGAGGGCUGAUGAGAGCAAUGCAGGCAAGCACGUGACCUGUCACAGCCUCUGACCCCGCGCGAUUUAUCCCAGGCAGCCGGCAGUGACAGGAGCAGCAGACUCUCCAGCUUCACACCGCAGCGCCGCUCAGGAAGAGGAUAAGGAUCUGCUGACAAAUUAAGGAACCAAUGAUGUCCGGGUGUCAGACUCUGCAGAGAAGAUGUAGCUGGAAGAGGUCCUGACGUCUGGACCGGAUGAGGAAGAAAAGGAAAGACGUCACUCAGGGUGUGGUCCUGAACAACCUCAAUCUAAAACCAGGCCACUGCGUGGAAAUCAAGGGCUUUAUCCCCCCGGACUGCAAAGGCUUUGCGAUAAAUUUGGGGGAAAAUGCUUCUAAUUAUCUCCUCCACUUUAACGCUCGUUUUGACCUUCAUGGAGAUGUCCAAAAGAUAGUCUGUAAUUCCAAAGAGGCUAAUGCCUGGGGAGAAGAACAAAGAGAAGAUUUCUUUCCUUUCCAGCAGGGGGCAGAAACAUCGAUUUGCUUUGAGUACCAGACUGACAAAAUUACUGUAAAGUUGGCCUCAGGAGACCAGUUCUCAUUCCCUAUUCGCACGACCCUGCCCUCAAUCUCAUAUAUGUGCCUGGAAGACCUUCAGUUCAAGUCCAUUUCCACUGAGUAGCUGAUUCAUCCACUUGGAUCAACCAAGCUCCAUGUCCAGCCUCAUAGACUCGAGCACCAUCAGUAUUAAAUGCAAUCACUAUGCUUAUUAAAUCUUUUAUCAACCCCUUCCCCAGUGGUUCAUUGCUACCUAUUUUUGCCUUAAAGUGCUAGGUUGUUAGCUACAGUCUGAACAGAACUACCCCAUGUACGUCCCUCAAAAACAUUAACACUGGCACCAUUGAGUACCUGCUUCAUCAGGGUUCAUUCACAUUUCUGUAUCAGGGAUUUUUUUUUUAUUCCUUUUUUUUUCCUUAAUUGAAAAAAAAAUGAUGCCAAUACAUUAAAUGGUUUUAUUUACAUUUCCAUUUAUGUAUAUGCAUGCUUUUUAAACAUAAAAUAACAUAUUCCAUAUUUGAUAUGUUUCUGGAUAUGGAAAUAUAAAUGAGCCUUAAGAAAGGGAGAUUAGAUUGUGAACCCACUUGGGACAGGGGCCAAUGUAAAUCAUACUUUAAGUAUACAGUGCUUUAGAGUAUGUUGCAUGUGAAAUUGACAAUAAACUUCUCC